AUGAAGGUCUUCACCGCAGCCGUCUGCUUUGCAGGCCUUGCUUCCGGGCAAGCAUGGUACACAGUGGACUCAGACGAGACUAGAGGCUGGUCUAAGUGCCUGCACGUGGACCAAUGGAAGAACAAUACAGUCAAAGACGGACAGUGCGUUGGGCUCACGGCAAGUUGCUACUACGACUUGCUUCGCAACGGACACGUUGAUACGGACGGCGUGGUUCCCUUUGAAUGCAAAAUAGCUAGACAAUGGGCCGGCGAACCGGCCGAGUACCACCAGGUCUGGGUUCCGAAAAAGCAUAUCGGUGACCCUGGGGCCAAGGCCGAGCUCGACAAAAAGCUCGACACUUUUGGCAGGACCAUUGAACUGUCCAACGUGGUCAGGCACCUGGACGAGGUCAUUGACCGAGGAGGGCUCGAACAAGACCCGGCUCCUGACGUUCCGGCCCUGGUCAAGGAGCUGGUUGCCGCCACUCCCGACAACAACAAGAUGAAAUAUGACAACAGCCUUGCGGACCUCGCGAUGCGGGUCGUCAAGCCCGUCUUGAGGAAAAACAUUGAAUGGUCCGUUGGGUACUCACGCCAGGGAUCCAGGGAAGCGACACUGGACAAGCUGUCGGGGACUUGUUUCCACCUCGUCGACGCGGCGUCCCUUUCUCGAGUCGCCCAUCCCAAGCCAUCCAACACGUCGGCCAUGACCGAGUUGGAGCGCGCCAUCAAAGCAGUUGCGGUCCUCAAGACUCGAGAUGCCAUCAUCAGGGGGCUGUCUGCACCCCCGCUGCCCGACUUCGAGCCAAAAAUCGAGGAUGCCAUGGGGCGUCUCCAGCAGGCGCACAAGGCGAGCGCGCAACAGUGUCAGGCCCGCAUAGCCCGCGAGGAAGCCACUGCGGCCAAGUCUGCCGAGCUGGCGUUUGGGAAAGACGAGGGCGCAAGAAUCGUCUCGGAGCUCCGCAAGCCGGAGCAAGGUUGCAGCAAGACACUGACGCAAGGCCUGAGGGCUCCGGCUGAGCUCCGCAAAAACUUCGAUCAAUUCUGGACCUUUGCGACUGAGGUAUAUCCCGCUCGGAAGGGGGCGGGCUCAGGCAUUGAUUUCAAUUCCGACGGAACGGUCGACAACGACAAACUCUUUGAUCCUAAGGCUAUCCGCGGGGGACUGGGCGUCAAGAAGUUCCCGACCCCUCCGAACCCUACAUAUCGGGAGCGUCACAACUGA